CUCUUAUCAAACCGACUCCAAGAACCUGUUGUCGUGUUCCCAGAUUCGUCAUUUGACAUAGCAGAUCCGACUAUCCGAGACUUGUCUUGAUUGCUGUAAUACUUGCAUCGCGUGAGGUCACCACCCGGACGGAAAGGUGCAUCAUUGUGUCCUCUGUGCUUGUAUAUGUGAUGAGCGAUUAGAUUUACGAAGCACGCGACACCUGUGUAGCCAUUGUUUCCAUCAACCGCGCAUGGGAAGACUUGUAUCCCAUAAACAACAAUGGCUUCAGAUCCGCGGAGACGACCUGUGCCUCCACCUCCGCCUCCGCCUCCGCCAGCAGAGUCCGAAGGAAGCAGCAAUGAUCUGAGCGCAGUCAGCGCUGCUGGAGCUGAAGAGCAGGCUAUACCUGGAGACGAUGGCUCGCAAGAGGGCGCAAAGCCUGAGGAUGGAUUCAAGCUCAAGUUUUGCACGGUAUGCGCAAGUAAUAACAAUCGGUCAAUGGAGGCACAUUUACGGCUGACUACCGCACCUACACCUUACCCAACAAUAUCAUUCGGCACGGGAUCAUUGGUCCGAUUACCAGGUCCUAGCAUCUCGCAGCCGAACGUCUACAAUUUCAACGUCACAUCCUACAGCGCCAUGUACAAUGAGCUUCAGUCCAAAGAUCAGCGCCUAUAUCGCGCCAACGGUAUCCUACCGAUGCUAGAGCGGAACAAAAACAUCAAAUGGGGACCGGAGCGGUGGCAGGACUGGAAGGUUGGCGUACCACGCGACGCCGAUUACCACGAUGACAAAGGCUCAGAGGGCGUGGAGGCUGGGACCGUGGACAUCGUCUUUACAUGCGAAGAACGAUGCUGGGAUGCAGUAGUGGAUGAUCUCCUCACGCGUGGCUCGCCCUUGAAUCGACCAGUCCACGUCUUCAAUGUGGAUAUUAAGGAUAAUCAUGAGGAGGCUUUGGUGGGCGGACGGGCAAUUCUCGAGCUCGCCGAUGAGCUAAAUGCUGCGGCACGAGCGGAGCGUGACGGCAUGGCGAAGUCGGAGGAAGGUGUCAAUGGCUUUGAUGCUGGCCAUGCAUCAGCGCGGUCGGGGUUUGAUGAGCGGGUGCCUGAUAUUCUGGCAUCGUGGCAGGAGAGAUGGCCUCAAUUACCUGCAUUGUGGACGUUGGCAUGGCUAUGA